AUGAUCUGCAGUCAGCACCAUGCAUGGGAUCCUCAUUUUGGAGAGGAAUUCUUCAAGGGAUUGACGGAGAUCGGAACGAGUGUAAAUUUCUCCACAGGGGCCAGCAGCAGCAUUAGCGGCGGCUCAGCAGAGGCGGCCGCGAAUGGCUAUACGGUGGUUGCGCGCGCACUGGCCCAACUGGGCAUCCGCUGCAUGUACGGCGUUAUUGGCAUCCCAGUCACCGAGCUGGCCUCAGCCGCGCAGGCGGCUGGCAUCCGUUUUGUGGGAUUCAGGAACGAGCAGGCGGCCGGCUACGCGGCGGCGGCGGCCGGCUUCCUGACGGGUGUGCCGGGCGUGUUGCUGACUGUGUCGGGGCCCGGCGCGGUGCACGGCAUAGCUGGGCUCUCACACGCCCAAGUCAACACUUGGCCCAUGCUCAUGAUCUCCGGCUCCGCUGAGCAGGGUGAGGUGGGCAAGGGGGCGUUUCAGGAGCUGGACCAGGUGGCGGCGGUGCAGCGCUUCACCAAAUACGCUGGCCGAGCGCGCUGUGUCCGCGACAUCGCGCCCCUCAUCUCCGCUGCCAUCAAGGCGGCCAUCACCGGCCGCCCCGGCGCCGUCUACGUGGACAUUCCCUCCGACGUCCUCAUGGCUCUCGCCGGCCCCUCUGAGGUGAGCAGCCUCUCUGACCAACCAGUAGCGAGCUCAUUGGCUGACCGGCCAUGUGCAGCAGAGCGUGAUGUGCAGCGCGCGGUCAGGCUCCUGCAACAAGCACAGAGGCCGCUUGUGGUGAUCGGCAAGGGCGCGGCGUACUCUCAGGCGGACGCGGCGCUGCGCAGCUUCGUGGCAGCUGCGCAGCUACCCUUUUUGGCGACCGCGAUGGGCCGCGGGGUGGUCCCAGACAAUGCGCCCGGCAACGCCAACGCUGCUCGCUCCCUCGCACUGGCCCAAGCAGACGUCGCCAUCAUCUUUGGUGCCAGGUUGAAUUGGCAGCUCCACUUUGGGGACCCUCCAAAGUGGGCGGCGGGGGUGCGCUUCAUCCUGGUAGAUGUGGAGCCAUCGCAGCGGGAUGCAGACAAGGCCGAGGUGGUUCUGCGCGGGGACGCUGCCGCAGUCGCGCAGCAGCUUGAACGGUCUCUUUCUGGCGUGGACAGCGCUCGCACCCAGGCCUGGCAAGACCAGCUCGGCAGCAAGGCGCGGGCGGCCAAGCUGAAGCUGGAGGCGCGGCUGUCUGCGGACGCGUUCCCCCUGGACUACAGCACAACGCUGCGGGUGAUCCGGGACGCGCUGCUGGCGGUGUCACCUGCUCCCAUCGUCAUUUCUGAGGGCGCCAACACCAUGGACAACGCCCGGGUGAUAUUGGAGCCGGCGAUGGAGGGACGGUUGCGGCUCGAUGCAGCCACAUGGGGCACGAUGGGCGUGGGCCUGGGCUAUGCAGUGGCAGCAGCCACCACGCGACCGGGGCGGCUGGUUGUGGCUGUCGAGGGCGACUCGGCCUUUGGCUUCUCUGGCAUGGAGUGCGAAACCAUCGCCAGGUACAAGUUGCCGGUGGUGGUCAUAGUGUUGAACAACGGCGGCAUCUAUGGUGGUGACCGGCGGCCGAGCGCGCUGCAGCAAGCGGCCACCUCGGGCGCUGCCGAUGCCGGUUUUGCGGCCGACCCGGUGCCGACCGCCUUUGUGCCAGAUGCGAGGUAUGAUGCAAUCAUGGAUGCGUUUGGUGGGGAUGCGUUUUUGGUGAACAGCUCUGCUCAGCUGGCCGCGGCAUGCCGUAUCUCCUUUGCAGCCAUGCGACCCGCCCUGAUCAAUGUGACGCUGGACCCUUUUGCUGGUGUGGAGAGUGGGAAUGUGCAUGCUUUCAAUGCCCCAAAAUCUAACAUCUGA